CCGCUCUCGGUGUCUCCAUGGAGACGAAGAAGAAGAAGAAGCGAGGCUUCUUGCGCGUUCAUCCGGUGACGUAACUUCCUUUCUGCCCGUGCUAACCUCGACGUGAACACGCGUUCGCCUUUCUGACAAGAUGCGUUACGUAGCUGCUUACCUGCUCGCUGCCCUCGGCGGCAACGAGAACCCAGAGUCCAAGGACAUCAAGAAGAUCCUGGAGAGUGUUGGUAUUGAGGCCGAUGACGCCCGUCUGACCAAGGUCAUCUCUGAGCUCAGUGGCAAGAAUGUGAACGAGGUGAUCGCCACAGGUUACGGCAAGCUGGCCAGCAUGCCAGCAGGCGGUGCCGUGGCCGUUGCCAGCUCUGCAGCUGGUGGUGCAGGCGGAGCCGCAGCCCCUGCAGCUGAGGAGAAGAAGGAAGAGAAGAAAGAAGAGUCUGAGGAGUCCGAAGACGACAUGGGAUUCGGCCUGUUCGACUAAACUUUUCAAAAGACGAAUAAACUUUAUAAAAAACAA